UGUUUUGUUUUGUUUGUUGCUUGGAACUUGUGUUAAUUAUGUGUUGCUUUACACAUUUAUUUAUGAUUGUUUUCUCGUUAUGUUUGCACGGAUGCUUGCACGUUUAUCUGUUCCUUGAUUUGCAUGUAUAUGUAUGUGUGUUUUUCGUCUGGCACUUGUUUAUCUUCGUUGGUGCAUACGAGAGAUUAAAGCGCUGUCAUUUGUGGUUACGAGAGUCAUUGAUGUUUUCGCGACGGAAACAGGGAUGUCUGUCGUCUGCUGUUUUUAUAUUGUGGUUUUAUCGCGUAUCAGCGCCAAAUUUUUGUGACCGCUUGACCCUGACAAUUCAAAACAGUACUGAUGCCAACCCACACUGAGAGGAAGUGAAACCUUCUCAGUGUUAUUUGUAGAUCCCCUCCUUCUUAUUUCACAGACAUCAUAACUGUUAUCAAAUGUGUCUUUUCUGGUUAAUUUAAUUUACCAUUUUUUGGUCGUGUUUUAUUUUUAUGUAUUUAUUUAUUUUUGCACUAUAGUCUCAGUGGCGCUGCCCUACAGGUGUGAAUAUGAACAAGACUAACAUCCGAGGCUUCAGAUUUUGUGCUAAUUUCACAGGCGUAUGGAUGGGGGAGAACAAAGUAAAUGAUGUCUUAUGGUGAGAACGUGAUGGUGGUUCAUUGAGGAAGCAAGAUUAAGAAGAGAAGAUAGAGAUAUUUUUCGGAGGAAGUGUUUGAGCUGAAGACCGAAGUGAUGUUGUCUCCUGAACAGGAGCUGCUGAGCUCUUCUAAACCCAUCAAAUACGGAGAGCUCAUCAUCCUUGGCUACAAUGGCUCCCUACCGAAUGGAGAACGGGACAGAAGAAGGAGUCGUUUCGCUCUGUUUAAGAGACCCAAAGCCAAUGGAGUCAAACCCAGCACCGUCCACAGCACAUGCAGUCCACAGACCGCCAAGGCCAUCAGCAACAAAAACCAGCACAGCGUGUCGUAUACUCUGUCCAGGGCGCAGACGGUAGUCGUAGAGUACACGCACGACAGCACCACCGACAUGUUUCAGAUCGGCCGGUCCACUGAAAGCCCCAUUGAUUUCGUGGUGAUGGAAACGCUGCCUGGUUCUCACAGCAAAAGCGACACGCUGUCGUCUCAGAGCACUAUAUCGCGAUUCGCGUGUCGGAUCGUGUGUCAGAGAGCGCCGCCCUACACCGCACGCAUCUACGCCGCCGGCUUCGACUCGUCCAAAAGCAUCUUCCUGGGGGAGAAAGCGGCGAAAUGGUGGUGUGCUGACAGCCAGAUGGACGGCCUGACCACCAACGGUAUAUUAGUGAUGCGACCGCGGCACGGCUUCACCUGCGAGUCCAAACCGAGCGCCUGGAGAGAGAUCUCAGUCUGUGGAAACGUCUUCACGCUCCGAGAAACCCGCUCCGCUCAGAAACCCGGCAAACUGGUUGAGACUGAGUCUCACGAGCUGGUGGACGGCACUUUAAUCGAUCUGUGCGGCGCGACUCUGCUGUGGCGCUCGGCGGAGGGUCUGUCCUGCACGCCGACCCCCAAACACCUGGAGGUGCUGCGGCGGGAGCUGAACGCGGCUCGGCCGCAGUGUCCCGUGGGCCUCCACACCCUGGCCUUCCCCAGCCUGGACCGCUCCUUCACCGGCUCCACCCACGACGACCAGCCCUGGGCCUACCUGCACUGCGGACACGUGCACGGAUACCACGCCUGGAGGGGCCGGCGCCGGCUCACCAAAGAGGGCUCCACCGAGGAAGAUGAAGAGGAGCUGGAGCAGGAGCCGCUGUGUGAGGGGGAGCGCGAGUGUCCGCUGUGCCGCACGCGCAGCCUGUACGUGCCGCUGAAGCUGGGCCGAGAGUCUGGCUUCUGUCUGGACAGCGCUCCUCCCACACACGCAUUCAACCCCUGCGGACAUGUGUGUUCAGAGCGGACCGCCGCCUUCUGGAGCAAACUGGUGCUGCCUCACGGAGCUCACGGCUUCUUCCCCGCCUGUCCCUUCUGCAUGCGGCCGCUCGCUCGCCACAGGAAGUGUGUCAGGCUGAUCUUUCAGGGGCUGCUGGACUGAGUGUGUGUGUGUGUGUGUGUGUUUAAGACUCCUCUACCAAACUGCUAUCCUGCUCUGAGUUUCCCUCAAGUCAUCUGUUCUCUGCACUGCCGUCUGACUGAUGCUGCUCGCCGUAUGUUUACUGUUUGAAAGCCACUGCCUUUGAGCUGUCCUGCUCGUGCCUUAACAAUAACCACCAUCCAUGCUGUUAACAAUGUUAGGAAUCUGUACGAACACACUUCAGUGGGUGUGUGAACCUGUUUCUCAAUUGCUUUUCUUUCAUUUGUGCUUGUUACAAACUGCCAUAGAUCAUCACCCUGAAAAAUACCAACGAUUUUCAUCAAUCAUGAGUCUGAAAUGAGGUUAUUGUUAUAUUAUAUUAUGUAUGUGUAAUAUUAAAACUCUGCUGUUGUUGCAUUUUCCCUGAAAUGUUUUUGUAUCGUUCUUAAAGAAUAAAGUUAUUGAUCAUA